UAAAAUCAGAAAAUAGUGAAAUAAUAUAACAAUCUAAGAUAAGUCGAGAUAAAGCGAUUAUCAGAUAUGAACUUGUUUGCAAAGUAUCCAAGGGGAGAUAAAGAAGCUCUUUCUUUUUCAGUUUAUCUGCAAAUUAAGUUGGAUAUAUAGCUGGGACAGAUAAGUGGAAUAGCAAAGGAAACAAACAAGAGAUGGAAGAAGCUCAUUAACUGAACUAACAGAAGACAACAAAAGAGUGCAACAAAAUGGAAAUCGAAAAUUUAAUGAGAAAAUCCAAUUGAAAAUUUUUUGAUUUGAUAGAACUGAUAAAUAAAAAUCAAACGAAGGAAAGAAAAAAAAGAGAAACUACAAAAAAAACUAAAAAAAGACUAAAAAAUUUUCACCAAAGAUAAAAGAUAAUGAUAUGGUAUUAGAAGUUAAUCUUAAAUUCAAACUGCGUCUUUCUCGCAGCAGCCUGGAAGUCCUGAGACGACCUGUGGUCUUUGCAACAGGCGCAAGCAGAGAAGAGGAAGGGAGAACAGAGAACGGAGAAGCAGAGGGCUUCUCCUUCUGCCUCUUGUGCUUCUUCUUUUUCUUCUUUUUCUUCUUCUGCUGCUUCCUCUUCCUCUUCCUCUGUUGUUCGCAUGUUCGCCAACACGCGCCCCCAUACAAACCACCACGAACCAAUCACAGAGCGCGCACAGCGAACAGCCUAAUCUUAUCUCUGGCUGGAAAGCUGCUGUUGCUGUUGCUGCUGCUGCUCGAGCUGGCUCUGCCGGCUUUGGUGGCCCACAAUGAGGCUCCUGCUGCUGCUACUGCUCCAAUUGCCUCGCUGCUGCUGCCAGACCACUACCAACCCAGCUUCUACCUCCACUCUCCAGCAGCCAUCUUGAAGCAUACCUUCUUCUGCUGGGGCUCGCUGGCCAAUCACAGCGCCCCGUCGCUAUCAUUCCCUAUAGGAAAACACUAUUAGCGAUUUUCAAGCACCAAGGUCACUCCUCCAGCUGCCAGACUCCUUUCCUAUUUCACUGUUUCACUCAUGUAUUACCUU